AUGCUGUCCAAGAAGCCCUCCGUUCUGCUUUGGUCCUGUGCCAGCCAGCCCUCCCUCUGCUGUAGCCCCUCCCUGGCGCCCGCCCACGGCUGUACGACGUCAUGCCGCCAUCCGCUCUCACACCUCCAGUCUCCGCACCAGACGCAGACGCGCAGCUACGCCCAGCAUGCCUCGUCGUCUGCGCAUUGCGAUGAGCCAGACCUCGGCUGGCCCGCCCCAAUCCAUCCCCACAGGACGCCGACGCCCUACCAGAUCCUCAGCUGCGGCCGCGGCGAGGCCUACACGAAACACCGCUUCUACUCGCUCGUAAAGCUGUACCACCCCGACCGAUGCAGCCCAUCGUCGCCGGUCGCCCACCUGCCUCACGCCGUGCGCCUCGAGCGGUACCGCCUCCUCGUCGCCGCCCACACCAUCCUCUCCGACGACGCAAAGCGGAGAGCAUACGAUGCGUGGGGCCACGGAUGGGCCGGCCACCACCAAAGCCCGUCGCAUCAUCCGCACCAUUCGCCAUACGCAUGGGCGCCAGAGCAGCGACACUGGCCACCUGGUCACGACCCGGCUCACAACGCUACCUGGGAAGACUGGGAGCGGUGGUACCAGCGUGAGAAUGGCGAGGACCCGAGAGACAUGUACAUGUCGAACUUCGCCUUUGUCUCUCUCGUAUUCGCCCUGGUAACGCUGGGAGGCGUCAUGCAGGGCACGCGAGCAAACAUGCUCUCCAGCACCGUCAUGGAGCACCGCGACAAAAUGCACAGGGAAGCCAGCGUGGAGCUCGCGCGGUCGAAGCGCGCCACCAUGACGGGCGAUCGGAACGAGCGCAUCAAGACCUUCCUCGAGCACAGGGAAGCCGUUCUCGCCGGCGAAGAUGCAUAUCAGCGGCUGCUCCCUCCUACCGAGAACCGUGCACCUGACACUAUUCGAAAACGAUGA